AUGAGGGCCUGCGUGCCCUUGAUAGUGGCCAUGCUCUGCAGCCUGGCCUGGGCUGGAAAAAUGGAGUCAUGUGCGUCUCGCUGUAAUGAGAAAUUUAACCGGGAUGCUGCUUGCCAGUGUGACCGCCGGUGUCCCCGGCACGGGGAUUGCUGUGAAGACUAUGACCAGCUGUGUACUGUGGAAGAGGACCCCAAUGAGCCAGAGCCAUUCCUGGAGCUGGAGGAAGAGACAGAGGCCCCAUCGAGCCACUUGUACUCCGCGCCCAGCUCCUGCCGGGACCGCUGCCAGGAGGCCUUCGACAGGCACCAACCAUGCCACUGUGAUGCCCGCUGCCCAGAGUUUGGGAACUGCUGCAAGGAUUUCGAGAGCCUGUGUGGCCACGAGGGCUUCUCCUACAGCAGUGACGCCAUAACCAAGGAGGAGCUGCAGAGCAUCUCUGAGAAGAUCUACAGGGCAGACACCAACAAAGCCCAGAAGGAAGAUGUCAUUAUUAACAGCCAAAACCGCAUCUCGCCCUCGGAGACCAGAGACCAAGUGGACUGCUGCCCAGAGCCGCUCUUCACAUAUGUCAACGAGAAGCUGUUUUCCAAGCCGACCUAUGCCGCCUUCAUCAACCUCCUCAACAACUACCAGCGGGCCACGGGCCGUGGGGAGCACUUCAGUGCCCAGCAGCUGGCCGAGCAGGAUGCCUUCCUCAGAGAGGUCACGAAGACGGCAGUCAUGAAGGAACUCUAUGCCUUCCUCCAUCACCAGAACCGCUACAGCUCGGAACAAGAGUUUGUCAGUGACUUGAAGAACAUGUGGUUUGGGCUCUAUUCAAGAGGCAAUGGAGAGGAAGACUCAAGUGGCUUUGAACAUGUCUUCUCAGGUGAAGUCAAAAAAGGCAAAGUCACUGGCUUCCAUAACUGGAUCCGCUUCUACAUGCAAGAGAAGGAGGGCCUGGUUGACUAUUACAGUCACAUCUAUGACGGCCCUUGGGAUUCUUACCCCGACGUGUUAGCCAUGCAGUUCAACUGGGACGGCUACUACAAGGAAGUGGGCUCAGCCUUCAUCGGCAGCAGCCCUGAGUUUGAGUUUGCGCUCUACUCCCUGUGCUUCAUUGCCAGGCCUGGCAAAGUGUGCCAGUUAAGCCUGGGUGGAUACCCCUUGGCCAUCCAGACCUAUACGUGGGACAAGUCCACCUAUGGAAAUGGCAAGAAAUACAUCGCCACAGCCUAUGUGGUAUCUUCCACCCAAUAGAGCU